CUCUGUGUUAUUGCGGGAGGAAGGGACAGCCCAAUUUCCGAUCUAUUACGUAAGUAAGGUGAUGCAAGGGGCAGAGAGGAGGUACUCAGAGAUUGAAAAAGGGGCCUUGGCAGUGGUGGUCACCGUAAGGAAGUUGAGACCAUAUUUCUUGGGACAUAGAGUGAAGGUCCGAACGAACAUGCCAAUGGGAGAAACACUGGGUCGACCCUCCGUGUCAGGGCGGUUAGUCAAAUGGGCGGUCGAGCUGAGUGAAUACACAAUUAUCUAUGAGCCAAGGAGGGCGAUUAAAGCUCAAGCACUUGCUGACUUUAUACAAGAGGGGACGAAGGAGAGCGAGGAGUCUGAAGGGGUGUGGCAAGUGUUUGCAGAUGGUUCGGUGUCGAGGGCUGGAGGUGGCCUAGGCAUCGUACUUAUGUCGCCGAAAGGUGACAGCCUGGUGUUCGCAAUCAAGGUGGCCUACCAGAUAUCAAAUAAUGAAGCGGAAUACGAAGCGGUCAUUAAGGGACUAAAACUGGCCUUAAGUGGCGGAGCUCGAGCAGUGCAGGUGCAUUCAGACUCACAAUUGAUGGUGGGUCAAUUCCAGGAAGGGUUUGAGGUCCGGGAAGAAAGGAUGAUGAAGUAUGUGGAGGAGAUAAAGAAGCUGCGGGGAGAGUUUGAUUCUUUCGAAUUAAUCCAGAUACCUAGAGGAGAAAAUGGUCGAGCGGAUCUGUUAGCUAAAAUGGCACAAAGUCUGGUGGACUGCAAGAGCAGAAGUUUGACCUUGCUUCACAUGGAGAAGAGUGUGGUCGAGAAGGAGGUGGUCGAGAUAGAAGAA